AUGAAAAAGAAGAAGAAAACAGCACGCCUGCUCACUCUUCUCCGUGUUCCCAAUCUCCUUGUUCCCCAUCUACGCCUGCUCCAUCUUCUCUGUGUUCCCCAUCUACGGCUGCUCACUCUUCUCCUCGUUCCCCAUCUACGCCUGCUCACUCUUCUCUGUGUUCCCCAUCUACGGCUGCUCCAUCUUCUCUGUGUUCCCCAUCUACGCCUGCUCCAUCUUCUCCGUGUUCCCCAUCUAUGCCUGCUCCAUCUUCUCUGUGUUCCCCAUCUAUGCCUGCUCACUCUUCUCCUUGUUCCCCAUCCUCUCCGUCGCUGUUUACGCUUGCUCACCCUUCUCCGUGUUCCUAUUCAACAUAUCCUAUUCGGAAUAUGUUGUCUAGACCGAUUCUGCUCCAUCUUCUCUGUGUUCCCCGUCUACGCCUGCUCACUCUUCUCCUUGUUCCCCAUCCUCUCCGUCGCUGUUUACGCUUGCUCACCCUUCUCCGUGUUCCCAAUCUCCGUGUUCCCCGUCUACGCCUGCUCACUCUUCUCCUUGUUCCCCAUCUACGCCUGCUCCAUCUUCUCUGUGUUCCCCAUCUACGGCUGCUCCAUCUUCUCUGUGUUCCCCAUCUACGCCUGCUCACUCUUCUCCGUGUUCCCCAUCUACGCCUGCUCCAUCUUCUCUGUGUUCCCCAUCUACGCCUGCUCCAUCUUCUCCGUUUUCCCCAUCUACGCCUGCUCCAUCUUCUCUGUGUUCCCCAUCUAUGCCUGCUCACUCUUCUCCUUGUUCCCCAUCCUCUCCGUCGCUGUUUACGCUUGCUCACCCUUCUCCGUGUUCCUAUUCUCCGUAUUCCCCGUCUACGCCUGCUCACUCUUCUCCUUGUUCCCCAUCUACGCCUGCUCCAUCUUCUCUGUGUUUCCCAUCUACGGCUGCUCCAUCUUCUCUGUGUUCCCCAUCUAUGCCUGCUCACUCUUCUCCUUGUUCCCCAUCUACGGCUGCUCCAUCUUCUCUGUGUUCCCCAUCUACGCCUGCUCACUCUUCUCCGUGUUCCCCAUCUACGCCUGCUCACUCUUCUCCGUGUUCCCCAUCUACGCCUGCUCCAUCUUCUCUGUGUUCCCCAUCUACGCCUGCUCCAUCUUCUCUGUGUUCCCCAUCUACGCCUGCUCCAUCUUCUCUGUGUUCCCCAUCUAUGCCUGCUCACUCUUCUCCUUGUUCCCCAUCCUCUCCGUCGCUGUUUACGCUUGCUCACCCUUCUCCGUGUUCCUAUUCUCCGUAUUCCCCGUCUACGCCUGCUCACUCUUCUCCUUGUUCCCCACCUUCUCCGUCCCUGUUUACGCCUGCUCACCCUUCUCCUUGUUCCCAAUCUCCGUGUUCCCCAUCUACGCCUGCUCACUCUUCUCCUUGUUCCCCAUCUACGCCUGCUCCAUCUUCUCCGUGUUCCCCAUCUAUGCCUGCUCACUCUUCUCCGUGUUCCCAAUCUCCGUGUUCCCCGUCUACGCCUGCUCACUCUUCUCCUUGUUCCCCAUCCUCUCCGUCGCUGUUUACGCUUGCUCACCCUUCUCCGUGUUCCUAUUCUCCGUAUUCCCCGUCUACGCCUGCUCACUCUUCUCCUUGUUCCCCAUCUACGGCUGCUCCAUCUUCUCUGUGUUCCCCAUCUACGGCUGCUCCAUCUUCUCUGUGUUCCCCAUCUAUGCCUGCUCACUCUUCUCCUUGUUCCCCAUCUACGCCUGCUCACUCUUCUCCGUGUUCCCCAUCUACGCCUGCUCACUCUUCUCUGUGUUCCCCAUCUACGGCUGCUCCAUCUUCUCUGUGUUCCCCAUCUACGGCUGCUCCAUCUUCUCUGUGUUCCCCAUCUACGCCUGCUCACUCUUCUCCUUGUUCCCCAUCUACGCCUGCUCACUCUUCUCCGUGUUCCCCAUCUACGCCUGCUCACUCUUCUCCGUGUUCCCCAUCUAUGCCUGCUCACUCUUCUCCGUGUUCCCAAUCUCCGUGUUCCCCGUCUACGCCUGCUCACUCUUCUCCUUGUUCCCCAUCCUCUCCGUCGCUGUUUACGCUUGCUCACCCUUCUCCGUGUUCCUAUUCUCCGUAUUCCCCGUCUACGCCUGCUCACUCUUCUCCUUGUUCCCCACCUUCUCCGUCCCUGUUUACGCCUGCUCACCCUUCUCCGUGUUCCCAAUCUCCGUGUUCCCCAUCUACGCCUGCUCACUCUUCUCCUUGUUCCCCAUCUACGCCUGCUCCAUCUUCUCCGUGUUCCCCAUCUAUGCCUGCUCACUCUUCUCCGUGUUCCCAAUCUCCGUGUUCCCCGUCUACGCCUGCUCACUCUUCUCCUUGUUCCCCAUCCUCUCCGUCGCUGUUUACGCUUGCUCACCCUUCUCCGUGUUCCUAUUCUCCGUAUUCCCCGUCUACGCCUGCUCACUCUUCUCCUUGUUCCCCAUCUACGCCUGCUCCAUCUUCUCUGUGUUCCCCAUCUACGGCUGCUCCAUCUUCUCUGUGUUCCCCAUCUACGCCUGCUCACUCUUCUCCGUGUUCCCCAUCUACGCCUGCUCCAUCUUCUCUGUGUUCCCCAUCUACGCCUGCUCACUCUUCUCCUCGUUCCCCAUCUACGCCUGCUCCAUCUCCGUGUUCCCCAUCUACGCCUGCUCCAUCUUCUCCUUGUUCCCCAUCUACGCCUGCUCCAUCUUCUCCGUGUUCCCCAUCUACGCCUGCUCACUCUUCUCCUUGUUCCCCAUCUACGCCUGCUCCAUCUUCUCUGUGUUCCCCAUCUACGCCUGCUCCAUCUUCUCCGUGUUCCCCAUCUAUGCCUGCUCACUCUUCUCCUUGUUCCCCAUCCUCUCCGUCGCUGUUUACGCUUGCUCACCCUUCUCCGUGUUCCUAUUCUCCGUAUUCCCCGUCUACGCCUGCUCACUCUUCUCCUUGUUCCCCACCUUCUCCGUCCCUGUUUACGCCUGCUCACCCUUCUCCUUGUUCCCAAUCUCCGUGUUCCCCAUCUACGCCUGCUCACUCUUCUCCUUGUUCCCCAUCUACGCCUGCUCCAUCUUCUCCGUGUUCCCCAUCUAUGCCUGCUCACUCUUCUCCGUGUUCCCAAUCUCCGUGUUCCCCGUCUACGCCUGCUCACUCUUCUCCUUGUUCUCCAUCCUCUCCGUCGCUGUUUACGCUUGCUCACCCUUCUCCGUGUUCCUAUUCUCCGUAUUCCCCGUCUACGCCUGCUCACUCUUCUCCUUGUUCCCCAUCUACGGCUGCUCCAUCUUCUCUGUAUUCCCCAUCUACGGCUGCUCCAUCUUCUCUGUGUUCCCCAUCUAUGCCUGCUCACUCUUCUCCUUGUUCCCCAUCUACGCCUGCUCACUCUUCUCCGUGUUCCCCAUCUACGCCUGCUCACUCUUCUCUGUGUUCCCCAUCUACGGCUGCUCCAUCUUCUCUGUGUUCCCCAUCUACGCCUGCUCACUCUUCUCCUUGUUCCCCAUCUACGCCUGCUCACUCUUCUCCGUGUUCCCCAUCUACGCCUGCUCACUCUUCUCCGUGUUCCCCAUCUACGCCUGCUCCAUCUUCUCCUUGUUCCCCAUCUACGCCUGCUCCAUCUUCUCCGUGUUCCCCAUCUAUGCCUGCUCACUCUUCUCCGUGUUCCCAAUCUCCGUGUUCCCCGUCUACGCCUGCUCACUCUUCUCCUUGUUCCCCAUCCUCUCCGUCGCUGUUUACGCUUGCUCACCCUUCUCCGUGUUCCUAUUCUCCGUAUUCCCCGUCUACGCCUGCUCACUCUUCUCCUUGUUCCCCAUCUACGCCUGCUCCAUCUUCUCUGUGUUCCCCAUCUACGGCUGCUCCAUCUUCUCUGUGUUCCCCAUCUACGCCUGCUCACUCUUCUCCGUGUUCCCCAUCUACGCCUGCUCCAUCUUCUCUGUGUUCCCCAUCUACGCCUGCUCACUCUUCUCCUCGUUCCCCAUCUACGCCUGCUCCAUCUCCGUGUUCCCCAUCUACGCCUGCUCCAUCUUCUCCUUGUUCCCCAUCUACGCCUGCUCACUCUUCUCCUUGUUCCCCAUCUACGCC